AUGGCUAAAUCUGGUGAAUUUGCCAGGCGUAAUGAUCAUGAGGAUGGGUGCGUUAAGGAACAAAGGAAGACUACAACUUGCGUGGAGGAGAAUGUGCAAAUUCCCAAGCACUUGGAAUGGCUAUUCCCUAGAGAUAAAGGGUUCACAACCGUGGGAUUCAUCUUCAAAGGAGGGGUCUAUUUUACUGCUGAUCAUCCCUACAAGUCAUACGUCCCCAACAUUGUUCCACUCAAUUCUCGCACCUUUGCCACUCUUUCCGGAGGCUGCGAGAUUUGGCUCAGGGUAUUGCAACACAGGUGCCAACUCUGCGAACGCCGACGUGGAGGCAAAAGAAUCUCCGUGUUGUAA